AUGCGCCUAUACCAACUGGAAAAAUCUAUCGUGUUCACUCAAGAAAAGAAGCGAAAUAGAUCACACCAUAUGCCCAAAGAUGGACUAAUGCAUAUAAUCGAUCUCUGUGCGAACAACUGCUUGUACUCCUCCCUUGAUUUGCAAGGUUUCCACCAAAUCCCUAUAGAAAAAACACAUUGUGAGAGAACAGCAUUUGCAUCACGAGUUUUUAUCUACGUCGAUGACCUCAUAGUAACUUCUGAAACUCCAGAAGAAUUAACUUCUGAAACUCCAGAAGAAUAUCUUGUUGACAUCGACGAAGUAUUGUUUCGUCCUAAGCAAAGAAGGAUACGACCUAAACCCGAGAAAGCCCAAGCCAUUGACAACUAUCCAACUCCGAAAAAUCCUACAGAAAUGCGUAACUGCAAUGAAUUGUUAAAGGAAGCCUUAACACUGCUCUCAGUAACCCCUCGCCUAGGUUACUUUUGUCAUCGAAACGGACAGUCCCGGAACAACCGUCGCCGGCGUGAAACAUCAACAAGAAUCACCUUAAAGUGA